GCUAAGCGGAAGACAACAUUGGCGUUUCAGCAGCCAGUUUGUCGUAGAAGAAAUAAGCUAUUUAGUAUAGCUUUAUUCUAUACAUUUUGAUAUAUAAAGUUUGGAGUGCUAAUUUUCAUCAUGUUUUCCUUCAACAUGUUUGACCACCCAAUCCCACGGGCUUUCCAAAACCGCUUCUCCACUCAAUACCGCUGCUACUCUGUGUCCAUGCUGGCGGGUCCCAACGACCGGUCUGAUGUGGAGAAAGGAGGAAAAAUUAUAAUGCCGCCAUCUGCACUUGACCAACUAAGCAGACUUAACAUCACCUACCCCAUGUUGUUCAAACUGACCAACAAGAACUCCGACAGAAUGACACACUGUGGUGUCCUGGAGUUUGUAGCAGAUGAGGGGAUUUGCUACCUGCCACACUGGAUGAUGCAGAAUCUCCUGCUGGAGGAAGGGGGCCUGGUCCAGGUGGAGAGUGUUAACCUCAUGGUGGCCACAUACUCCAAGUUCCAGCCACAGAGCCCAGACUUCCUGGAUAUCACUAACCCCAAAGCAGUGUUGGAAAAUGCCUUGAGAAACUUUGCCUGCUUAACCACAGGAGAUGUUAUAGCAAUUAACUACAAUGAAAAGAUCUAUGAACUGCGAGUGAUGGAGACUAAGCCAGACAAGGCAGUAUCUAUCAUUGAAUGUGAUAUGAAUGUGGACUUUGAUGCUCCGCUGGGUUACAAAGAACCAGAGAGGUGUUACAAAGCACCAGAGGAGCCCACCGAGGAGGAAGGAGACCCCAGUACUUGGACUGACAUGGACAUGAGAUUCAGAGCUUUCACUGGUUCAGGCAAUCGUCUGGAUGGCAAAAAGAAAGGCAUCGAGCCCAGCCCUGUCCCCAUCGAUCCCAGUGACAUUAAAAGAGGGAUUCCUAACUAUGAGUACAAGGUCGGCAGGAUCACCUUCAUCAGAAACUCCAGGCCUCAGCCCAGGAAAACAACAGAGGAUGAGGAUUCAGAAUUCAUCGCCUUCUCUGGCGAGGGAAAGUCACUACGCAAGAAAGGUGGCAGAAAGCCUUGAGGCACUACAGUAUUCAACUGCAGAGACUGACUGACUGCAGACUCUACAUACAUAUUCACACACACCAUAAACAACCAAUAAAGGCAGGUCAUGAAAAGAGCCUGGGUUCAUUUUCUUCUUUCCCUUGGCAGGAAUCAUCAAGGUUUUACUUUCCUUUGAUCAUAUUGUAAUGGUCUUGUCCAUGGUAAGCAUGUUAAAAGCACUUCAGAAAAACUGAAUGCUAUUGGACUGUGGUUAGAGUACAGGGUUGCUGGGAUGAGCCCAGCCAAAGCCAGCAACCCUUUCCUUUCGCUACAAUAUGAUACAUAUCAUAAACAUAUCAUUAACGGAAUUACCCUUGUUAAUGUUGAUGAUGGAGUGGGUUUGAUAUUUCUUUGAAUAUGUAUCAAACUAAUUUGGAAACGCUCCUCUGACAUUGGAACCUGUUGGACUCGAACUUUAAGAGUGAUGAGUGGCAGAUAAGUGCCAUUUCCAUUGUUUAUUUAUCAACUCUGAAAUAAAGUGCACUCUAUCUGUU